UUGCCCGGCGGCGCUCAGGCUGAACCAAUCAGAAGGCCGGAAGGGGCGGGAACUAGGAUACGUGGCUGAGUGCUCGUGGUGGGGCGGGAGGUUCGGGGUCAAGGAGCAAACCCGGCACAAGAUGGCGGCGGUAGCGGUAGUGGCGGCGCGUAGGAGGCGGUCUUGGGCAUCUUUGGUACUGGUGUUUUUAGGGGUCUGCCUGGGGAUUACCCUCGCUGUGGAUAGAAGCAACUUUAAGACCUGUGAAGAGAGUUCUUUCUGCAAGCGACAGAGAAGCAUACGACCAGGCCUCUCUCCAUACCGAGCCUUGCUGGACUCUCUACAGCUUGGUCCUGAUUCUCUCACGGUCCAUCUCAUCCAUGAGGUCACCAAGGUGUUGCUGGUGCUAGAGCUUCAGGGGCUUCAGAAGAACAUGACUCGGAUCAGGAUUGAUGAGCUGGAGCCUCGGCGACCCCGAUACCGUGUGCCAGAUGUUUUGGUGGCUGAUCCGCCAACAGCUCGGCUUUCUGUCUCUGGUCGUGAUGACAACAGUGUGGAGUUAACCAUGGCUGAGGGACCCUACAAGAUCAUCUUGACAGCCCGGCCAUUCCGCCUUGACCUACUAGAGGACCGAAGCCUUCUGCUUAGUGUCAAUGCCCGAGGACUCUUGGAGUUUGAGCACCAGAGGGCCCCUAGGGUCUCUUUCUCGGAUAAAAUUAGUCUCACGCUCGGUAGCAUGUGGGAUAAGAUCAAGAACCUUUUCUCUAGGCAAGGAUCAAAAGACCCAGCUGAGGGCGAUGGGGCCCAGCCUGAGGAAACACCCAGGGAUGGUGACAAGCCAGAGGAGACUCAGGGGAAGGCGGAGAAAGAUGAGCCAGGAGCCUGGGAGGAGACAUUCAAAACUCACUCUGACAGCAAGCCAUAUGGCCCCAUGUCUGUGGGUUUGGACUUCUCUCUGCCAGGCAUGGAGCAUGUCUAUGGGAUCCCUGAGCAUGCAGACAAUCUGAGGCUGAAGGUCACUGAGGGUGGGGAGCCAUAUCGCCUCUACAAUUUGGAUGUAUUCCAGUAUGAGCUGUACAACCCCAUGGCCUUGUAUGGGUCUGUGCCUGUGCUCCUGGCACACAACCCUCAUCGUGACUUGGGCAUCUUCUGGCUCAAUGCUGCAGAGACCUGGGUUGAUAUAUCCUCCAACACUGCUGGGAAGACCCUGUUUGGGAAGAUGAUGGACUACCUGCAGGGCUCUGGGGAGACCCCACAGACAGAUGUUCGCUGGAUGUCAGAAACUGGCAUCAUUGAUGUCUUCCUGCUGCUUGGGCCCUCCAUCUCUGAUGUUUUCCGGCAAUAUGCUAGUCUCACAGGAACCCAGGCGUUGCCCCCACUCUUCUCCCUCGGCUACCACCAGAGCCGUUGGAACUACCGGGACGAGACUGAUGUGCUGGAAGUGGAUCAGGGCUUUGAUGAACACAACCUGCCCUGCGAUGUCAUCUGGCUGGACAUUGAACAUGCUGAUGGCAAGCGGUAUUUCACCUGGGACCCCAGUCGCUUCCCUCAGCCCCGCACCAUGCUUGAGCGCUUGGCUUCUAAGAGGCGGAAGCUGGUGGCCAUCGUAGACCCCCACAUCAAGGUGGACUCCGGCUACCGAGUUCACGACGAGCUGCGGAACCUGGGGCUGUAUGUUAAAACCCGGGAUGGCUCUGACUAUGAGGGCUGGUGCUGGCCAGGCUCAGCUGGUUACCCUGACUUCACUAAUCCCACGAUGAGGGCCUGGUGGGCUAACAUGUUCAGCUAUGACAAUUAUGAGGGCUCAGCUCCCAACCUCUUUGUCUGGAAUGACAUGAACGAACCAUCUGUGUUCAAUGGUCCUGAGGUCACCAUGCUCAAGGAUGCCCAGCAUUAUGGGGGCUGGGAGCACCGGGAUGUGCAUAACAUCUAUGGCCUUUAUGUGCACAUGGCGACUGCUGAUGGGCUGAGACAGCGCUCUGGGGGCAUGGAACGCCCCUUUGUCCUGGCCAGGGCCUUCUUCGCUGGUUCCCAGCGCUUUGGAGCCGUUUGGACAGGGGACAACACUGCCGAGUGGGACCAUUUGAAGAUCUCUAUUCCUAUGUGUCUCAGCUUGGGGCUGGUGGGACUUUCCUUCUGUGGGGCGGAUGUGGGUGGCUUCUUCAAAAACCCAGAGCCAGAGCUGCUUGUGCGCUGGUACCAGAUGGGUGCCUACCAGCCAUUCUUCCGGGCACAUGCCCACUUGGACACUGGGCGGCGAGAGCCAUGGCUGUUACCAUCUCAGCACAAUGAUAUAAUCCGAGAUGCCUUGGGCCAGCGAUAUUCUUUGCUGCCUUUCUGGUACACCCUCUUCUAUCAGGCCCAUCGGGAAGGCAUUCCUGUCAUGAGGCCCCUGUGGGUGCAGUAUCCUCAGGAUGUGACCACCUUCAGUAUAGAUGAUCAGUACUUGCUUGGGGAUGCAUUGCUGGUUCACCCUGUAUCAGACUCUGGAGCCCAUGGUGUCCAGGUCUAUCUGCCUGGCCAAGGGGAGGUGUGGUACGACAUUCAAAGCUACCAGAAGCAUCAUGGUCCCCAGACCCUGUACCUGCCUGUAACUCUAAGCAGUAUCCCUGUGUUCCAGCGUGGAGGGACAAUCGUGCCUCGAUGGAUGCGAGUGCGGCGGUCUUCAGAAUGUAUGAAGGAUGACCCAAUCACUCUCUUUGUUGCGCUUAGUCCUCAGGGUACAGCUCAAGGAGAGCUCUUUCUGGAUGAUGGGCACACGUUCAACUAUCAGACUCGCCAAGAGUUCCUGCUGCGUCGGUUCUUAUUCUCUGGCAACACCCUUGUCUCUAGCUCAGCAGACCCUGAAGGACACUUUGAGACACCAAUCUGGAUUGAGCGGGUGGUGAUAAUAGGGGCUGGAAAGCCAGCAGCUGUGGUACUCCAGACAAAAGGAUCUCCAGAAAGCCGCCUGUCCUUCCAGCAUGACCCUGAGACCUCUGUGUUGGUCCUGCGCAAGCCUGGCAUCAAUGUGGCAUCUGAUUGGAGUAUUCACCUGCGAUAACCCAAGGGAUGUUCUUGGUUAGGGGGAGGGAAGGGGAGCAGUAGUGCUGAGAGAUAUUCUUUCUUCUGCCUUGGAGUUCGGCCCUCCCCAGACUUAACUUAUGCUAGUCUAAGACCCAGAUUCUGUCAACAUUUGGGCAAGAUGAGAGGGCUGACCAUGGGCUCCAAAUUCCUCUUGUGAUCUCCUCACCUCUCCCACUCUGUUGAUACCAACCCUUUCCCUUCAUUCCCCCAACAUCCUGUUGCUCUAACUGGAGCACAUUCACUUAUGAAGACCGAGAAACCACAGGGCCCUUGUCGCCCCUUCUCUUUCCCUUAUUUAGGAGCCCUGAACUCCCCCAAACUCUAUCCAUUCAUGCCUCUUGUAUGUUGAUGCCAUUUCUUGGAAGAAGAUGAGGGCAAUGAGUUAGGGCUCCUUUUCCCCUUCCCUCCCACCAGAUUGCUCUCCCUCCUUUCAUUUCUUCCUUCAGGCUCUACUCUAAUGUCAGCCCUCCCCUUUUUAUGCCCCACCAAUACACUGGGACCACCCCUUACCUGGGACAGGGAUGAAUGGUUCAAAGGAGUGAGGAUGCUAAAGAUCAUUCUUUUCACUCUCAUUCUCUCCUUUUCCUCUCCCUGAUUCCUUGUAGAGCUGCUGCAGUUCUGAGAGGGGCAGUUCUACCUCCUCUGUCACUUGGCAGAAAGAAGUUUCCACAUCUCUUAGGGAUGGGCAUUAAACUUCUUUUGCCCCCUUCUUGUCCUCUUUGAGGGGCAUUUAAGAUGGAGAAAUCAGUUGUGGUUUCAUUGAAUCAUGGUCACCUGUAUUUAUUGCUGGGAGAAGCCUGAGGGUGGGGGGAGAUGAUCAUGUGUGCCCGGGGUUGGCUGGAAGCCCUGGGUUGGGGGUUGGGGGAGGAGUAAUAGGGGAGUCAGGGUGAAAAUUUCUGGGUAUUUUUUUUACUUCCUCUUGGUUCCCAGCUGUGACACGUUUUGAUAAAAGGAGAAACAAUAAAGGGAUAAACCAUAAA